AUGAGCGGCCACAAUUUUAUGGAGGGACUAGAAGCAAUGGGACAUAAAGCAUACUCAGAAGGCAUAGGAUAUAGCGCGAUUUAUAGUUGGUAUGGCCAAACCAUGGAUCGCCUCCAGAGUGAUGGCUCAAAUAUGUCUGAAGAGUUUCGAUCACUGACGGCCAAAGUCGAGACAUGGAAACAUUUCUGGCCUGAUGAACCUUUCUUCGCGGGUAUAUCGUCAAAAAGAACCUCAAGACAAUCCUUCGAGUCCGAAGAUCAAAAUCAAACCAAGAAGUUUGCAAAAAGAUUGAUUUCCUCUUCGUCAGAACAGCAUUCGUCGCAGAAAACUCUCAGUACACUAUCACCAACGGAAGAAUCGUCAAAACAACCCGUCAUACAAGAUCCAAGUCGAUCACCAAUCAAUCCACGGCAAGAAUAUAAUGACAACAGAGAACAGAAUUACAACAGUUAUCACAACGCGACUUGCGCAAACUGUAAUAUGAGAGGCCACGUCUUGAGUUACUGUGUGGCUCCUGUGGACGAGUUUGGAUUCAUCUCAGGUUGUCCGCGAUGUAAUACCAAGGAGCAUUUAUAUGACGAAUGCCCUAGGCCAACAAAUAUUAGAGGCAGGGGAGAUUGGGUUUAUCUUAUUCUGAAUAGAAUGAACUGUCCUCCAAUUCGUUGUUCUAAGGAUAUUCGUAAUAUAUCAAAACUUAGGUCGAGGAGACAGCCUCCAUGGACAUACGACUUUUCCUUGAAGCAAGCUGGCAAAUUUGAGGUAUCAUACGAUGGCUAUGGGAGACCGAAGGGAUUAUAUCCAGAUCCAGCAUGGAAAACUCCAGACAAAGUUCUCUGUCAAGCAUACCCCCGCACGAUGGAUAUAAUUUUACCAAGGCUAUGGAAUAUUCACAGGAGGUUGAUUCGAAAGUCAGCCGACCUAGGCCACAAGUUUGAAGUGUUCCUAAAAGCUCUUGAAGAUAUUACAGAGUUUGAGUCAAAAGAAGCUAGAGGAGAGCCGUUGGCCAUCCAGAUGCGCAAUGAUAUCACGACAAAACAGGCGAAGGAGCUGGAGUUAGAAGCAAAGCUAAAUGCUUACCAUGUACCAGAAAAUUAUCGCCCAGUGAACAAUGACUCAUCUAUAGACAACGAAAUGGCUGUUUCUUCAACUGAAGGAAAGGGCAAAGGCAAGGCAAUAAAUGUCCGCAGUACCUCAUUUUCCUGCAAAUAUGUAGAAGAAGAGCAGAACAUGUACCAGAACUAUCAACAGAGGUAUGCACCUGAUAGUCCCUUCAAUGGAGGUACUUCGUCCAAAGUCCCAAGCGAAAGCACACGUCCGUUUGAGAAUUUGGUUACUAGAAAAGAAGUCGGAAACAAUCUAACUCCCGCUGUCGAAAAUUACAAACCGCGAGAUUCAUCAUGUCCAGGAAAGGUUCCAGAUUGUGUUCCUGUCAACACAGAUACUCAGUCAAGUGGUCAAAGUGAGCAAGGAAAAAAUCAACUGUCAAAAUUUGCAGAAUUUAGGUACGAACAAUCUAGGGAACAGAAACAGUUGGAGAAGAAAAUUUCCAACUUAAGGAGGGACCUCAAAGAGAUCAAUAGCUUUGAGAAGAGGUUGGAAUUUUUGACGACCGAUCAGUGCAAUCAACUUAAGAUGAAGGAGUUCAAGGAGAGGGAGUUGAGAGUCUUGUUAGAAACCCGUAGUCGAAACGUAAUAUAUCCGGAAUCAACUGCUGGCUCGAAGUUAAAUGCGACUGAAAAGCAUCAUUCUUUUGGAGCACCACCAAGACAAGCAUCUGAGCUGGAACAUAUAGAAGAUCCUCACAACAGCAGUACGGUAGACAGUAAUAAGAAUAGUGGUGAAUCUUCAACAAGCGAAGAAUUGCCACCGGAAGGCUUUCCGAUCAAGAAUUUUAAAUCAAAAAAUGUUGGUCGGAAACCAGCGAUAUGUACAUCGUCAGUACCAAGACACUUACAACACUUUCCUUUCGCAAGCAUUGGAAAGUCACCUUUGAGCUAUGUUCAAACCGCACCAAGUGUUGGAGAUCAAGAUCCAAACGGUGAUAAUGAUUCCACGAACCCUGAGAGGUCACAGUCUUCGGUCGUUGAAAAGCAAGAUUCAUCUCCAGCAUUGAACAGAAGACAGAAAGCCAAGGAUAUUUUGCAUGGGAAAUUACACCGAUCAUCGAGAAAUGCACCAACAGUUCUCUCCGCUGCUAAAGCAAUGACAAUUGUUCCCAGACCACAGUCGCCGAGACCGUUGAAAUCCAUGACUGAAAGUCAAGAGACAUCACCGGCUUUAAAUGAAACACAACGUGAGAGUGUCGCAAAUAGGUAUUCGAAGCCACCCACGAGUCACACACAACUAGCUGCAUUUAGUUCCGAGAAUAUCAACAAAGAAGCAACAAUUUAUGAGUCUAAGGAAUCAUAUCACUUGCAACAAUCUGAUGAAGUCAAAAAUCAAACAGAGCUUAUCUCCGGGCCCAUAGAGUUAAGGGAGUUAGCAACGGCCAUUGAUAACAGCGGAAAUCUGCCCUCAGUAUUGAAUAAAAACCAAACUGACCAUGUGGGAAACACAAAUCUGGAGCUAGCUUCAAGGGAAGCCCAAAAGAUCUCCAAAGUUGACGAAAUCCAUCAAGAUACUAUCAAGUUGAAGGAAAACCACCCUCAACAGAGUCCUCCACCAUAUGUAACCCCUCUCAAAGCAAAGCAGAUGUUAGCUUCAGAAGAUGAGUCGCCUUGUACAUUGCCACAAUCAAAUAGUAAAUUACCCUUAUCCGUUAAUAAGCCACCACAUAAAAGAGAGAAGCAAUCGAUACCAGGUGAUGAGCAUCAGACAUUGUUACUGCAAGAAGAUACCACAGAUCACGGCGAAUCACAUGUACCUGUUUAUAUACCACCGCAGAUGAGAAUCACGCAACCUCCUUCAAAGGACGAAGCGCCGCCUUCAACGGCGCAAUCUUCAAUACAGAUGAUAGAGCCGGAACAACUAUCGCUCACGAAUAGCUCAAUUUCGCAUAAUCAACAAUUAUUAGACCCAGAAAUAGCAUACCAAAAAACAUCAAAUAAAGGGUCCUCGACUCUACCAUAUCAAUCUUAUUCAAAAGAUGAUGAUGACUCCAGCUCUAUACCUCAAUAUCCAAAAAGUCCUAGAUCUUCUAAUUUACAGCAGAAGUCACCCAGAACUAUGAGACGGAGUGUGAAACGACCUGCAUUAUCAUCUGAUGCGUACUUACCACAACCAGAGAAUCCUUUCUUGACACCAUGUUUUAAGGAGACUGUUUCUAAACCUGGUGAUUCAUGGCCGCAACUUAUAGAUCCCGAAUUCUUCGCUGAAUUCUUUGCUGAAUUCUUUGGUUAUGAAUGGCCCAAUGACAAAAUCGAUUUAUUAGUCCCGCUUCCAGAGCCAGAUAUCUUCUUAUUGGUCGAAGAAGAUUGUAUUACUAUAGAAUUGCUAAGGCCAUCAACCUCGCUGCCAGACCCAGAUUUCUUCUUAUUGGACGAUGAAGAUUGUGAUGCUGAAGAAUCGCUAAGGUCAUCAAUCCCAACAAUACUACACCCCCGUCCUCAAAGUCAGAGCAACCAUACAAGCAGUACAAUAUCUGGUGGGAAUUCAGAAAUCUACAAAGCAGUCAAAGCUGUUUCAGACGAAAAUGCAAGCAAGAUAUGUUUUGAGUGCAACAAAGUAGGACAUUAUUUAAUUGAUUGCCCCUCGAGUUGGAGACUUGACGCAUUGGUUCUUGACAAUUUUCCUCAUUCGAGCUCACGAUACCGUGCCGGCUUAGGAAAUAAUAUGCAGGCUAAAGCUAAAGCUGAUCUCAAUCCCAGCGCCAAUGAUUUCAUCCCGACUUGGUCAAGAAACAUUCAUCCGGUUCAUACAUCACUUCCUGGUAAAUUUACUCGUCCCAGCCUACCUCAUCUUGCAGAUGCAGGGAACCAGUUACAGGCUAAACCUAAGUCUGAUCUCGACCCCCCAACUGAUUUGUUCUUCCCGAAUCGGUUAACAAAAGGUGAUCAUUUAGUCGAGGGGUUACCUGCGAACUGGAUCGAAAUAGCGGAGAGAAUCGAAAGUGUUUUCCCUGCGGAUUGGGAUCGAGAAAUGAACAAGCGAAUUGAAACUCGCUUUGGGGAAGUCCAGAAAGUCAUGAGUAAAACGGGCUAUAAUUUCAGUCUUGGAAAUUAUUCAGAUGAUGAAGGGUCAGGAGAGGAAGAAUCAGAAGACGAAGAGAUAACCGUGAGACUUCCCUGGCAAACGAAGAGCUCUGACUGCAGCCCUUGGAGGGAAACUAGGGAAAGAAAACAGAGACCCCCGAUCUCAACUAGAGCUACCGCAAUCCAAGCAGAAGAUGGUUAUAAUAUGGAGGAUAAAGUAAGAAACAUGCUGACAAGAGGGUCUUCAAGUGGCCCUCACGCAUUCCAACCAAGGAGAAUUAUGAAUGGUACUGGGGGUUUCUAUCCGGCUCCUGGAGAUUGGUUCUGUCUAUUAGGGGUGUGCAGCGAACGCAAUACUUCAGAGUCUCUCAUCUGCACGAAAUGUUCCAGUCCGCGUGGAACAAGAAGAGUAGAUGGUAGCAUCGAGAUUUUCCAACCCGGAGAUUGGGUAUGUCCAUUCAGAGAUUGUUCGAGACACAACUAUUCCAAGCAUGUCGUCUGUAAAGGUUGUGGUGGUCGUUCAAAAGCACCAACGACAGCUCCCAUUCUUUGGAAUUGUAAUUCAUUCAAUUGUGGCGCGCCAAAUGAUAACGGGGUGGGUGUGGAUCUUACAAUCAGUCGAACUGUUUCAAUUGUUGGCGGUGUGGAAAUCCUCGUGCUGUAUUUUUCGAGGGAUGUUGAGGUUUUGAAUCUACACAUGAUUUCUAGUCCCGCUAUGGCGAGAGCAGGAUGA